AUGUCCAGCGAAGAGGAUAAACCUCCGGCACCGCCGGUCCGGUUGACGAGCAACCGGGGUGGCGGAGCCGGGGGUCCGGGCGGUGGCGACCGGAUCGACGGAGUGGCUCCGGUUGAUAUGAAACCAUUGCCAAAAGAACCGGACGAUGCAGACCGGAAGAAGAAAACGCUCAAGAGCAAGAUCAAAGUUUCGAAGGCGUCGCACAACGAUUCGAAGCCGAAUAUAUCCUAUCCGACCAACUUCGAGCACACGGUCCACGUGGGCUUCGACGCCAUUACCGGUGAAUUUACGGGUAUGCCAGAGCAAUGGGCGCUGAUGCUGAAGAACUCGAACAUUAGCAAGCAGGAGCAGAAGAAAAACCCGCAGGCCGUGCUGGACGUGCUGAACUUCUUCGACAACAGCAGCAAGCAGCGGCCGAGCUCGAAAUAUAUGACCCAUGGGCUGCACACGACAACGCACUCGGCAUCGUCCAUAGGGUCGUCGCUGAGCCGGGUGAGCAGCAGCAGUCCGAGCAGUACGCCGACCGACUCGGAGUCCCACGGUGGCCCCGGGGCGCAGAUCAUCUCCAGCAGCCACUCGCAGGCCUACAGCCUUGGGCUGUCGUCGCACAACUCCGCCGGGGACCACGACAGCGACGAGCUGGGCAUCCUCAGUGGCAGCGCGAGCGGCAGCAUCAGCGGCAACAACGGCAUUCCACCGCCCAUCGCCAGCCGCCCCGAGCGGACCAAAUCGAUCUACACGCGGCCAAUCGAUGAUCCGAUCUCACCGCCCAUCCCGCCACACCUGAGUGCAGGAGCGGUCACACACUCGUCGUCGGUGGCGGCACCUCCCGGUGCGAUCCGCAGUCCGACGCAGUUCGACAAGAACAAGAACUCGGUCAACUCGGCGGCACAAACAAUCAGCGGCCUAGCGGCGGCUCAAACUCCGUCGGGUGGCCACCAUCUGCACCAACACCACCACCACCAACACCAAGGGAGCGCCGCGAGCCCUCUGGUGGUCGGGCCCGGCAACAACGGUGUCAAUGUUAAUGUGGUGGUGUCGGCGGCGGCGGCGGCUCCUCCCGGUGCCGCCAACAAUGGUACGAUCGGACCGCCACCGGACACCGGACCAGCAGCGGCACCCGGGGGCAUGGCCGGUGGUGGCACCACCAACCUCAGCAACAGCAACACCACGACGACGACGACGGUGGCGGCGACGGCGGCGGCCCAGCAGCGGGCGGCCAACCUGAAGAAGAAGAAAAUGUCCGACGAAGAGAUACUGGAGAAGCUGCGCACGAUCGUGAGCGUGGGCGACCCGAAGCGGAAGUACAACAAGAUGGAGAAGAUCGGCCAGGGUGCCUCGGGGACGGUGUACACGGCGAUCGAGAGCUCGACCGGCAUGGAGGUGGCGAUCAAGCAGAUGAACCUGAGCCAGCAGCCGAAGAAGGAGCUGAUCAUCAACGAGAUCCUGGUGAUGCGGGAGAACAAGCACCCGAACGUGGUCAACUAUCUCGACAGCUACCUGGUCUCCGAGGAGCUGUGGGUCGUGAUGGAGUACCUGCCGGGUGGUUCGCUCACGGACGUCGUCACCGAGACGUGCAUGGACGAGGGCCAGAUAGCGGCCGUCUGCCGGGAGGUGCUGCAGGCGCUCGAGUUCCUGCACAGCAACCAGGUCAUCCACCGGGACAUCAAGAGCGACAACAUACUGCUCGGUAUGGACGGGAGCGUCAAGCUGACCGACUUCGGGUUCUGUGCCCAGAUCUCACCCGAGCAGUCGAAGCGCACCACGAUGGUCGGCACACCGUACUGGAUGGCCCCGGAGGUGGUCACCCGGAAGCAGUACGGGCCGAAGGUUGACCUGUGGUCGCUCGGUAUCAUGGCGAUCGAGAUGAUCGAGGGUGAACCGCCGUACCUCAACGAGAACCCGCUGCGGGCACUGUAUCUGAUCGCGACCCACGGCAAGCCCGAGAUCAAGGAGAAGGAAAAGCUGAGCACCGUCUUUCAGGACUUUCUCGACCAGUGCCUCGAGGUGGACGUCGACCAGCGGGCCACGGCCUACGAGCUGCUGCGGCAUCCGUUCCUGAAGCUGGCGCGACCACUCGCCAGCCUUACGCCGCUCAUCAUGGCCGCCAAGGAAGCGACGAAGGGCCACUGA